GAAGCGUCAGUUUCGAUUUCUUUUGGUCCGCACAACGUCACCAUCAAUCAGUGCAGACUUGCAAAGUGAAAUUUAGUUCAUAGUUAGGAAUUUUGCAGCAAUGUGGCUGUAUUAUUUAUUCCUUUUGAGUCAAUUUUUCAUCAGCUCGCAGGCACACUUGCUGGAAGGAUUGUACUGUGGUAAGGAAAAUUGCUACGAUGUGCUGGGAGUUACGCGAGACGCCGAUAGGCAGCUAAUCGGCCGCAACUAUCGACAACUGGCCAAAAAGUAUCACCCCGAUCUGCACAAAGGUGAAAAGGCAAAGCAGGAAGCCGAAGAGCAGUUCAAACGGAUUGCCCGGGCCUACGAAAUUCUCCGAGAUGACGAAUUCCGAGCGGAUUAUAAUUAUAUGCUGGACAACCCGGAUGCGUACUAUUCGCAUUACUAUCGGUACUACCGACGUCGUACCAAAGUAGACGUGAGAUUGGUGGUGUUGGCAACUAUCAGUGUUAUUUCAUUGGUGCAGUACUUUUCUCGAAAACAACGCUACGAGGAAGCGAUCAAGUACUUUAUGACUGUCCCCAAGUAUCGCAACAAGGCGUUGGAAAUCAUCAACCAAAAUGGUUCUGUUACGAAAAAGGGGUCAUCAAAAUCCAAACUCUCCAAAGGUGAGCGAAAAGAAGAAUCCGAGCGAAACAUACGGAAAGUAAUCGAAGAAAACCUGGACAUACAGGGCGCGUAUGCCAAACCACAAAUCACCGACAUCCUAUGGAUACAGAUUUUGCUCAUUCCCUACACUCUGGCAAAGUAUGUGAAGUGGAACGUGCUGUGGAUCUACAAAUACUCUGUGCUGAAAAGGCCUUACGAUUUGGAGGAUAAGUUGUAUCUCAUAAGAAAGAACAUGAAUCUGGGCGUGCACCAGUUCAAAGGAAUCGAGAGCGAGAAGAUCGAUGAGUACCUAGAGAAAGAACUGUGGAUAAAAUCGAAUUACAAAGAUUGGAAGGGUGCCCAGGAGGAAGAGAUGAAGCGACAGAUGGCAGAUAAUCCUAGAUAUAAGGCCUAUCGGCGGUACAUGAAGAAUCAUGGGCCAGGCAGGUUGACGUUUGAUGAUUAGUUUAACAAAUUAUAAUUUAUUGAAAAAUA